UGAGGGACGAGCGCUGCGACACCGCCUCUCCCUCUCGCCCGGCGCUCCCCGUUCUCUGUCGCGUCGCUGCUUGGCCCGGCCUUGCCCAUGUCGGCCGCGCUGGCAGCCGGCGGCGUCUCCCGUUUCGAGCCCCCGGCCGCCGGGGGGGCCUCAGAAAAUGAAGACUCGGUCCAGAAGACGAAGCCUGCAGAUCAGCAGAUUGAUUCUUUGGAGUCCAGUACUUUGCAGAGUGGGUCACAGAUCGGGUCCCUCAUGAGUGCGGGCGCAACAGAGGAUUCGAAGGAAAAAGCUGGCGCUUUGGAGGACCAGGGAAUAGCUGAACUAGAAAAGAAGCUGCCUGACCAAAUCCAGUCCCUCAGAGGGGAAGCUGUUCGGAUACCAAACUACCAUUUACCUCAAGGAGCAGGGGAUAUAGUCAUGAUUCAGUCAGAUCACACUGGUGCUGUGGAUAUCCUUUCUGCUGAGCUGGAGACUGCAGACCUCCUUGGGGAGCAGAGGAAAGCUCAGCCUCCCCCUCUGGCUCCCCCUACCAUGUGGACCACUGAGAAGACAAAGGAAUUCAAAGCCAAGAUGGGAAAGGAGAAGAAUGGUCGGAUGGUGGUAAAGCGAGGCGAAGUGGUGACUGUCCGCGUGCCAACCCAUCCUGAUGGGAAAUGCAUUUGCUGGGAGUUUGCUACAGAUGACUACGACAUUGGGUUUGGAGUCUAUUUUGACUGGACCACUGUUACUAGCACUGCCAUUACUGUUCAGGUCAGUGAAUCCAGUGAUGAGGAGGAUGAAGAGGAAGAGGAGGAAAUUGAAGGACUCAGCCCUGUUGGUGACGUGGAAAGGGGCACCAAAAGCUAUUUGCGGAACCGCUAUGGAGAGAUCAUGCCUGUAUAUCGGAGGAACAGUCAUCGGGAGGUGCAGGCGGGCAGCCACGAGUACCCAGGCGAGGGCAUCUACCUGUUGAAAUUUGAUAACUCGUACUCUCUCCUCCGCAAUAAGACUCUGUUCUUCCACAUCUAUUACACUAGCUGAAGACAUGGGAACGGGCAGGGAUGGCAGGCAGGUAAUGGUGAGUGUAGCAGGCUGCUACACAGCCCUGGUAGCGCCUGAUGAGCACUGGUGUGUGACAGAACCAAGGCACAAUUCUGCUGGCUCCUCUUCAGAUGCUAAUUGAUUUCUCCCCACACCCUCCUUCCUUGCUGUCCCAGUGGAGAAAGGUAGCUGUGUUGUCGACAGGCAGCUACUCUUGCUGUAACAAUUUGGGAGAUCUCCUUUGUGCAGACAUCGAGCUGGGCCUUUGUGUCACAGCUGGUCAGUGCCCAGAAGCCAGGUUCAAGUGGCCAUGGUUUUGAUCUGUUGCACUGGAAAUGAAGUGCAAAUAUUCUUGAUCUGUUACUAUUUUGUGUGUAACUUUUCUGACUCUCCUGCUGCAUCUGCAUUGCCAGAGGGCAGCUGUCAGCUGCAAUGAGCCAAAAGCACAGCUGGCCUGUCACCCAACGACUGAUAAUGCCAUCGCCUACCACCACAGCAUGUCACCAGCAGCCAGCGCUUCCUUCAUUCAUGUGGGUGAGGGUGCUGCUGGCCAGCACACGGUGGGCGGGCUGAAACAGCAGCCACUGUGUUUGAACAGGAGGUGAGGGGAAGGCGCACACCUAGAAGCCCAUAAGUCCUGUUUUCCUGCAGAUUGGAUGUUAUACCUCUUGAUUGUAGGGAUAUGUAGAUGAUUAUACUUUGGUCAACAAAAGUUUUUUUCUGUCAUCCAGAUGUGAAGCAGAAGAAAUUGUUUACUGCUGUGCUGAGUAAAUACAAAAAGGUUGGAGAACAACCAAUAAAUAUACAGGAAAUGUUUCUUAGUAGCAGCAUGUUUGUUCACUGGUGUUGCUGCCAGCUGGAUAAUACCAUAUGUAGCAAGGAAAAGGCUCCCCAGAGAAGUGUAGCUUGUCAGCUGCUAUUGCUGUUGCAAAUGUAUUGUUAGAAUUCUGCUCAGAAACCCCAGAGGUGUGAGAUUUAACCAGUCCUUUCUGUGAACCACAAUCAGCAAGGCCAUUGGUAAUCCUGACCACAUGGUGAAGGGUGGAAUUGUGUGGCAUGUUUUGUAGGCUAGCAAUGGCGUUAGGGAUCACCUUCUGCUUUGAGCAGUACUGGCAGUUGUUGUACUGGCAGAAUUGAACAAGGAUUAAGUUAAUCCUUCAGAGAUGAAUUUUAACUCAUGUUUAUCUGUAACUGUUGUUUAUUUUAAUACUUUUAACUUGAAAUAAUUCUCUUUUCUAAGAAUACUGCUGUAUUUACAUUUUGAUACCUCUUUGCAGAGACAUAACAUGGCUGUUUGCAUGGUGAUUCUAGUAGAGUUCUGAGUUUUAUUUUUAAAUCCUCCAGGUAAAACACCUCUACUUGGUCUGUUCCCUCUAUUGAGAGGGAAGGAUGGACAAAAUGAUUUUGGGGAAAUUAAAGCCAAAAAUUUCACUCUCAUGGGAGUGCUGCAUAUUUCCUAUUAAGGCUGUAUCGUAAUACUGUGCAAUUUGCUCCACAUUCAAGCUGCUCUUUUAACUAUCUCUGUUUACUUACUCACUGCCCCAGAGCACUUAGUAGGUCAAAAGGCUAAGAGAGAGCAGUCAGUCUAUAGCAGAGCAGCCCAGGCUGGGAGCAGGAGCAGUGGAAAUGCAAAGAACAUUGGUUGGAGCACAGUGCCUUUCUGAGUGAGCAGACAGGGAGCUGAGUUGGUCAGGAUAAGGAGCAGAGUUGUUGCUGCCUUGGGCUCUGGGAUGGGGAGAAAACAGUCACUUCUCUCAAAAGAGAGAGAGAGAGCACAUCCACUUGGAUAGGGUGGGGGUGGGAAAUGCACAGCUGCCUUAUGCAAGCAGGGGCAAUGACAGGACAACCUUGCAGGGAGACAGAACAGUAGGGCUUGGUAUCUGUCAGAGUAAGGAGCUCCUUCAUGUUGUUGCUUGGGAAGGACUAUUCCUCCUUUUAGCUUCUCUUGGGGGAGAUGGAGGACCAUCCUGUGGCUGUUGUACAGCACUUGAAUGAGGCUUGAGCAACUUGGAUAAGGUGCUCUCUUUUUUUGGGUUUUUUUUUUCAUCCUUUGUCUAUCAAAUUAAAUUCCCAGACACUAAGCAGGAGAAGAUAGAAAAGGUCCUUCAGUCUGACUACAAUGUCAGUACUGCCCCACUCAGUGGCUGCCUUUAUUCCUUUGCUGUGAGAUCCCUAGAACCACACAUGUUCUUGCCGGUUAAUGUAUCAUGUGCUGUCUGGCACCCACUCCAUUUUCUACUUAGGAUUCAUUUAUGACUAAGGGAACUCUGAUCUGUACAUCCAUUAGAUAUUCCAGAAUUACUGAUCCUCAGUUGUGCGCCUUGCUGCAGGCUAGUAGGUUACCUCCAGUAAGAAACUGUUCCCCUUACAGUGUGGCCUCCCUGUUGGCUAAUCUGCAGGUACAUCGCCUCCUGCUUGUCUGUUACUCAUAUCAAGGUUCAAAAUACAUUUUGUCAUUUUUUAAGAAGUUAAGACCUUCCUCACAACCAGUUUUGGUCACUCACUGACACAUGAAUAGUUUGUGCCAGUUUUCAAGCCAUUAAUUAGUAGUUCUAGUUAAAAUAAGUUGCACAGUAGGUGAUUAUCCUGUUGCUCACUUGUAGCUUUCCAAAAUGGGGAACGACCUCAGGCUCAGGUCACUCAUCUGGAACUGUGCCUGUCCCCCAGUCUCAUUGACUUUAACCCAAGAGCAACAUCACAAUCAGCUUGUGCCUAUCCUGCAAAUGCGGUGCGCCCAUAGACAGGCCUGCUGCAGUGGAAAUGAAAGCAUUCAGUGUGUGUUAUUUCACUUUUAAGUUUCCUAAAAGUAUCUGGUAUCUCUUAUGAACACAAAAUAGUUCUAGGAAAUAUUCUGUGCCUCUGCUGGAAACAGAAGCUUCACUGUUGUCCUCUUUUUGUUUAUUUCUUUUAAUUUCCACAUUACAUGAGUAUGUUUCUCAGGUAUUCAGAGAGCAUUCAUUAUCCAAGUGACGACUCCUUUUUGGAAGGAUAUAUAGUCUUUAUUCAUUUUCUGAUAAAUCCAAUGGCUUGGCUGUGGCUGGUGAUUAACAGCGGUCAUUCACAUUCCAAAGAAGUUCAAAGAAGUAUUCUUAUUUCUCAUGUGUAUUUCUUAUUUCUCACGGGUCCAGAGGAGGGCUACAAAGAUGAUUGGAGGGCUGUCCCUACGAGGACAGGCUGAGAGAGUUGGGCUUGUUCAGCCUGGAGAAGAGAAAGCUCAGAGGAGAUCUUAUAGCGACCUUCCAGUACCUGAAAGAGGCCUACAUUUUUUUAAACCUAUUUCAGAUAGGUUUCUUCUUCCUGUACAUUGUCUUGAAAUUCCAAAAGCUAAAUCAAGGAAGAAGCCUUAUUUGCAUUUUAGGCUUGCUUUUGUGAAAGCUUAAAAUUGUGUUCCAUUUUAUUUGAAUAUAAUUUCAAUCUAGAAAUAAGAUGUAUAUGUUCAGUCAGAGAUGUGACAGUUCUGUAGUGCAGGACUUGUGUAAAAAUUAGCUUGUAUAAUUGUUUAUUUAUAACAAUGGUAACAAUUUGUUGGGCAAUUUUUUAUGUCAAAGAAGGUUAUAAGCUCUCUGUUUCCUGUUUUGUAGGAGCAGGACUUUAAAAUGUAUGUGCUUUAUCAAGGACAGAGGAUUAAAAUUGCUUAAAUCGGGAACCACUUGUACUUAUUUAACUUAUUCACAAACUAUUAGGAGGCCUGUGAUAUGGAUUCUUGUGAAGGGUUAUUGAUGUCAGACAUAGACUAGUUGCAAAUUCAUGCAUGGGACCCGUUUAAUACUUAUGUAGGUAAUUAUCAGUAAUGAGCUAUUUACAUGAACAAAUAAUAUGAAAAUGCGUAGGGGAAAGAGCUUAGUUGUCUGAUUUCGGGUGUGAAGAAGAGGGUCGAGUUACUAUGCAACAGAGUGAAAUACAGCCACAUGCCUUUCGUUAUGGCUCUACCCUCUGUGCUAGUCUCCUUGUAACUGUGCUGUGUACAUGUAACCUUCAUCUGUGGCCUGCAGCAAGUCAGGUAUUGUGGUGCUGGACCUGGUGAGGUGAGUUAGAGGUGUGAACCUUGUCACAUGUCUAGUUGCUGGAAGACCUACUCAUUCCUGUGGGGCAUUAGGGUCAAGAAGGAAUCCCUAAAGGAGUUCACUUUUACCCGACUGCUUAUACCCUUUGUUCUUGUCUUACUACUCCUACAAAAGCCACUCCACUGAGUAUUUAUCACAAGGUGCCUUAGGAACAAAGAGCAUGCCUGAAAUAAGAGCCAUAGAUGUCAUUAAUCCAAAGGAUUUCUUCUUGUUUCUCUGCCUAUUUGAGUGGAGGGGAGGCUCUUCCUAAGGUCAGGCAAGGAGAGCCCCUACAGGAUGUUCCUGCAGACUAAGCUGUUCAUUAGACUGCCUUGUUGCCAUCAGAAGAGUAGUAGAAUGGUGUUUUGAGUUUCCUGGCACCAUAAUGUCUUUGUCUUUUAAAAUCAUAUGCUGCUGUCAGAUACUGAUGAACACCAGAGGACUACUCCUUUUGAUAUGCUGAUGCUAAACCUGAGGACCAUAGGAACAAUAAAUAGACAUAGAUGAGUAAUCCUUGUGGCCAUUCAUCAUUUUCUCUAAAAAGUGUCUGAAUCUGGCAUUAAGUAGUGUGUGUGUAUGUGUAUUGAGGCUGGCUAAGAGACCAAAGCAACAAAGUUGGUUGUUUAUUUAACCUACAAGCGUGAAAGAAAAUAUUGGUUCUGACAAUGUAGAUGUAGCAGAACAUAUCAAUUGGUAGAAUGAAAAUCUGGGAACUGAUUAUCAUAAAUACAUUGGCUAAUUUGACUGUGAAAGAAGCCAGGGGUUUAGCAGGAGUCAAAAGCACUACAUCAUUUAUCUGCUUAAAUUGAUUCGCAGUAAAUGCCAACUAAAUAAACUUUUAGAAGGUACAUAAAACUGUCGGGUUUAAAUACAUCUUGCUAGGAGGAGAGUUUUCUGUGGGGUUAUUCCAUGUUUGCCUCCAAAGAAUCUCUAGCAACUUAUUCUGAAACAGGGGUGCUGUUGCAACUGAAGACACAGCAUAAGGUUGGGUGGAUGGUGGGUCUGACUCCCCUUGGCUUUCCUGUGUUCCAUUCUGGAUUUUACGUGUUGCUUUCUCGGAAGUUUCAUCGAAAGUGCCGCGGAUAGCCGGACCUCUCUUCCCGGUCUUUGUUCUCCGUCGCCUCCCGGGUUCUUGCCGACGACCCGGCCUCCGUUUGGGUAGUGCUCUAACUCCGAGCUCCUCCUUGGAGUGCCCUAACUUUCCCAGCUGCUCUCUCUUGGAGCGCUCUCUCUUACUCCGAGCUCCUCCUUCAAGUGGUUUCCCUCUGAGUGGUGUUCUAAUUGCUGUGCCGCCAGGCUUUAUACACCCUUAUCACCUCAUUAGCAGCUACUCGGCUUGCCCCAAUUAUAUCUUAUUUAGCCUACAAUUGCCCUUUCUUUGUUUUCACUUACCUAGCCUACAAGACAGGGAGAAUUUUGUGAUCCAUCAGUGAGGAUUAUCUGGUUUAAGCCCUUCUGGAGUGGUGAAUCAAGUCUCUUGGGGGAGAAGCUGGAUGCCAACCAUUAAGCUUGGAGCUAAGGAGGCUUUGCCAAGUAGUGAGCUUGAAGUUUAGGAGAUGUUUGGAAAUUACAAAUAACUGGAGAUGGUCUCCCUGUGACCUUCAGGAUGCCCUGGUGACUACCUGUUCCCCACAGAGGCAAGCAGUCUGCUGUCAACUCGCUGCUCCAAGCUGCUAGUGUCAUCUUUGAAUUGGGAGCAUCUUGUAGCUGGUCAUACCUUUUUCAGACCUACAUUCUUGUGAACUGUGAUGGUUGUCUGUCAGUCUUUAUCUAUGUGAUACGAAUAUUUAUGUCUUCUGAUUUCAAAGUUGAGUUCUCAGUGCCAACCUUUUGCUUUUCAUGUCCUCCCAAGAUACAAGUUUUAAAUGGAGGGGAGGGUAUUUUAACAAAACAUGGCACUGAACCUCUUGCUGAAGGGCACGUGUGAAGACUAUAUUUAUAGUGUGCUUGCAUUCCUUCUGCUUGGUUUGUAUUGUUUAUAUUUGAUAUAUUGUGGCUGGUUUGUAAUAGUGUAUUGGAACUUACUCCCUUUAAAUAAACUUUUCACUAU